UUAGACCAGUUUCAAAACUUAAUGUUAAUGGCUUUAAAAAUAAAAUUUUGCUUGGCUGGUAUAUUUUAAAGCAGCCUCGUUAAACGCCAUUUUAUUCAAUUUCUGUCGAAUGAAGUAGGGUUAGGACAAGAAAAUGAAUUUGUUAAUUUUUCUUUCUGUCAUCGCUGUAGUUAGUUUGUGCUGUAAUGCUCAAUAUUACGAAUAUGAUAACUAUGGUUCAGGUUCAUAUGGCUAUAGAGAUUACUACGAUUAUUUGGAUAACUAUUAUUUUGAUGAAUAUGGGCUAAACAGUGCUUAUGAAUACAGAUUUUUAGAUGACUAUGUGUAUAAUGAUGGCUAUGAAUACGAAAGUGAAUAUGAAUAUAAAGGUGACAAUGGAUAUGGAGAUGACUACGAUUAUCAAAGCUAUGAAGAUAGAUAUUUAUCCCAAAGCAGAAGACAGUAUGGCUAUGACCUAAAUUAUGGAUCAGAAUACAUUGAUAAUCAGCAACUAGUUCACUUUUUUCAAAAUGAUCGAUUGCGGAGUAGAAAUAGAGGACGUUAAUAAACUUAGAAAAAAUGAAUUUCUCAAGAUUUAUGAUUUUUCACCACUCUAAAUGCCAGACUAAUAUUCCUGACAUUUAAAAGUAGAGAAAUGAUGUUUAAAGAGUUAUAAAUUUUUUCAACGGAAAUAUAUAUUGACGAAGAAAUGUGUUUGAGCCUUUUUUAAUUAAUACUUCAAUUGAAUAAAGCCUUUUUAUAAAAAAAAUAUA